UGAAUGUCGACGCUAAAUAUGGGAGAAUCCCAAAAUUGGGAACCCGCGAACCACGCGUAGAAGCAAAAAAGAAAGUUUUUUUUUUUUGUUGGGUUUCCGAUCAAACGCGGAGGAGCCAUGAUUAAGCAAAGCAAUAAACAAAUACAACAAUUUCACCGGCGUAGUCAGGGAUGACGUUGCUGAAUGCUGACUCUUACGGUGAAUCCAAGUCAAACCGGCCGCGGCCAGCUUCCUCGUUCCCAUCUCCUCUCCUAUAAAUAAAUUUCAUCGACGGGAGAUCGUGUUGACAGAACCAGCCUUCGAUCUUCCCUCUACUCAAUUGAUACCAUCAUCAUCUUGCAGAGCUUGGCAUCUGAAAACCCACCAAAGAGAGAAUAAGCAAUGGCAAUAGCCGAGACAUUCUUCAUAUCGCACGGCUCCCCGACGCUGUCCAUAGACGACUCUCUGCCGGCCAGGCAUUUCUUGAAAUCCUGGGAGCAGAAGGUGUACCAAAAGGAGAAGCCCAAGGCGAUCCUCGUCAUCUCCGGCCACUGGGACACCAAGCUCCCUUCGGUCAACGUCGUUGAUCGCAACGACACCAUUCACGACUUCUAUGGCUUUCCCAAACAGAUGUAUCAGCUGAGGUACACGCCACCAGGAGCACCCAGAUUGGCAAAGAGGGUAAAGGAGCUGCUGAUGGGAUCUGGGUUUGAUGAAGUAGUGGAAGACAAGAAAAGAGGAGUGGAUCAUGGAGCUUGGGUGCCAUUGAUGCUCAUGUAUCCAGAGGCUGAUAUUCCAGUGUGUCAAUUAUCUGUUCAGUCUGACAGAGACGGAACGUAUCACUACAACAUGGGCAAGGCCUUGGCUCCAUUGAGACAGGAAGGGGUGCUCAUCAUUGGCUCUGGUUCUGCUACUCACAAUUUGAGAGCUAUGGACCGUGCAGGUGGCCCCGUUACUCCCUGGGCUGAACAGUUUGAUACUUGGCUUAAGGACUCCCUCGUCGAAGGAAGAUAUGAAGAUGUGAAUCACUACGAGGUUAAAGCACCACACGGGAAGAAGGCUCAUCCAUGGCCAGACCACUUCUUUCCUCUUCAUGUUGCAAUGGGCGCUGCUGGUGACAACUCCAAGGCCAAGCUUAUCCAUCAGAGCUGGACUCAUGGCACUCUUUCCUAUUCCUCUUACCAGUUUACAGCAGCAGACUAGUGACUAGUCAGUCCUCUCUUGCUUGCUUGCUUGGUUUAUGUUUGCUUGGCCAAGUUGUAAAAUGUAACCUUGGAAUCUUGUGAAAUCUGUGUGUAAACUCUAGUUCAUUUGUUCGUGUGAAUGGAUCUAUAGCAACUUUUCU